AUGACAUUCAUGACAUGCCUUAUAACCUGUGUAUUCGUUGUGGCUGUUUUCGAUGAGCAUGUUGAGGCACGAUGCGAGUUCGGAGCAGACGGACUUUAUAUCCAUCGUGACGUCUUCGGUUGCCACCUCGCCGACCUCGUCCCUGAUAUACUUGGCCAUGAUAUCCAUCGCCUCUCUGUAUCGCUCCUGUUUGAUGAGCAGUUUGGCGAAUACUUCGCUCUUGUUCAUCUUCACGAGGUGUUUGCCGCAUGCGUCCGGGUCCAGGAAGGUUUCUUCCCUGGGUCUGUUGAUGAUAAUGCUGCAUUUAGGAUCGUCGCACUCAGCCAGCAACAGCAGAUUUGUUUUUUCUACUGUGCCCACGAGCGCCUGGUUGAAUUCGUCCAGUGCCUCCCCGUUCCUGCUCAAGAACGUCUUGGGGUUGAAGUGCUUUAG